AUGCAUUUUUUCAUAAACAAUGUAAACCGCGACAGGGGUCCCGUAGUUUAUAAAUGCACGCAUGGUGUUAAGUUCACUGAUAAAGAAUCGCUGAGCGUGUUUAUCCGUUCGAUUGAUACUUUGUCGGAUCUAAAGAGGAACAUAUUGCAGAAGGCAUGGUUGUGUGGGGUUAAGUCGGUGAAGAAGGUGUUCUACAAGAUUCUGAGGGCGGUCGUGUCAAGUGGUAUGCAGUAUGAAACAUUUUUGAUAGGGUCGGAUGAAGACAUGGAGGUCUUGUUUCAUUGUCGGCGGAGUUUUUCGGAGUUCAGGGGCUUCAGCGCCAAAUCCCCAGUCGACGACGGUGGGGGUGCUUCUACUUUGAUGCCUAUCGUUGCAGCCAGUUGUCUCUUAGCUGCACCUCCACUUGUUCUAGGACCGGCAGCUAGAACACCUGGUUUGAUUACUGGUCUUGUUGGAAGUGGUGAGCUAGAUCACGUUGAGGACGCGAUGCGGGAAGAUGAUUCGGACGAUGAGCCCGAUCACAUAUCGGGGGAUAGUGAGGAGGAGACUCCGAUGGUCCCACCUGCACCUCAGGGGCCAUCCAGUGCUGGGUCCUACCAACAACCGCCCCAUUUCUCAACGCUGAACCUGGAAGCAGUGAGUCAACAACAGGAUGAGGCACACACCUUCGGAGGCCAAGGAUUACACGAGGGCAAUGCUCCUGGAGAAUUUCAGGUUGGCCAAUCUUUCCAUACGAAGGAGGAAGCUGUGAUGAGUGUUAAGGAUUAUAGCAUUCGUCGUGGAGUUCAGUAUCGGGUUAUAGAAUCAGAUCAUCUGAAGUAUGUUGGGAGAUGCAAGGAGUUUGGAAACAGCUGCACGUGGAUGAUCCGCGUGGCAUUUCGCCAGCGCAAGGGUAACUGGGAGGUUAGAAAGUACAAUGGAGCCCACACUUGCCUGGCCACUUCGAUUUCGAGCGACCACCGACAGCUCGAUUACCACGUGAUUUGUCCAAGGAUAUAUCCGUUGAUUAGGGCGGAUGUAACGGUUACGAUAAAGGUGUUACAGGAAGCUACUGAGUCAACCUACGGAUUCAGGCCUAGUUAUAGGAAGGUAUGGAAGGCAAAGCAGAAGACAGUCAUACAUAUUUACGGGGAUUGGAAAGAGUCGUAUGCCGAGUUGCCCCAGUGGAUCCUUGGGAUGCAAGCAACGAUGGACGGUUUCGAAGCUUUGUUGAAGACUUCUCCAGUGCGUGUAGGUGAUGAGGUUGAUGAGUCUACAUACAUUGACGGUACGCAUCUGUAUGGAAAGUAUGGCGGGACUUUGCUUCUGGCUAUUGUGCAAGAUGGAAACUCGAAUAUAUUGCUAGUUGCGUUUGUACUUGUUGAGGGGGAGAAUGCUGAGUCGUGGGCCUUUUUCUUAUCCCACUUGCGUCAACAUGUGACCCCACAAGAAGGGAUUCUGGUGAUCUCUGACAGACAUAACGACAUUAAAGCUGCACUAAAGGCACCAGACAGUGGUUGGAAACCGCCUCAUACAUAUCGAGCGUAUUGCAUUCGACACAUCGCAGCUAAUUUUGCUCUCAGUUUCAAGGGUCAGGAUGCAAGGCGGAUGCUCGUGAAUGCGGCGUAUGCUAAGACUGAGGCCUAG